AUGACUGUAGAGAAGUGCCCAGAGAGGGAUUUUCUUGUUCUUUAUUUUCUCAUCAUUUCUUUUUUCUUUUUGUUUUUUUAAUAUCUCUCACACAGGGAAAGUCGCAGCAGAAAGAGAAGCUGGAAGCAGUGAGUGAGUGAGUAAUUGAUGUGAGAGAGAGAGAGAGAGAGAGAGAGAGAGAAAGUAGGUUUGCCUUAAAUGAGGAGAGUAUAGCAGAGUGUAGGUGCAGUUACCAUGGCGGCGUUGCAGUUGCAGAGGGUCUAAUUCUGUGCCAUUAUUGCUUUAAACGACGAAAGAAUAGUGGAGAAGGCUGGCUCUCUUCCACUCAAGGAAACCCAUCUUCGAUAGUCUCUUACCCUAAACAAAAUUCUAUCAAUUUUCAAUUUUUUUCUUUUUACCUCAAAAGGCUGCAAAAGAAACCCAAACCGCAAGAUCACAUAUUCAGAGAGUCAGAAGAAGAAGAAGAUCGAGUCACAGACUCACAGUGAACACUAACUUAUAUUAAAGUCUCUCUUAAAAACCCAGCCACCCAAAUUUCAACUCCCAACAUAACCCAGAAAUCAAAGCCCACUGAUCUUGCAGAUUUCAAUAGCUACUUACUGGUAUUAAGUUUUUGCUAUGGAUUUUUGGUCUAAAUUGGGUUUGGUUUCAGCUUGUGGGUGCAAGAAAUGGCUGGGUGGUUCUAUCUAAGUGGGAGAGAAGGAGCAUCAAGUAAACAAGAAGAAGAGAAAGAUCAAGACAACAACUCGUUUUUGUACAGAUCAAACGAGGAGAUCUACAACAAGGGGUUUGAGAUAUGGCCGCAGUAUUAUCAACAACAGCAAAACAUCAACAGCCACUCCUCGUUUGGAGUGGGUCUUAGUCGAAGAAGUUCAUCUGAUGAGUCAUCAAGAUCAGGGUUUACGGUGAUGAGGCAAGGUGGACUAGGAGGAGGAGGGGGAGAAGGAGGAGGAAUGAACUGUCAAGAUUGUGGGAACCAAGCUAAAAAAGAUUGUGUCCAUUUGAGAUGUAGAACUUGUUGUAAAAGCCGAGGGUUUCCGUGCCAAACCCACGUCAAGAGCACUUGGGUCCCUGCUGCAAAAAGGCGAGAGAGGCAACAACAGCUAUCUGCUUUGCAACAUCAGCAGGAGCAACAAGAACAACAAAAUCAAGAACAACAGUUUCGAGGAGAGAAUCCAAAAAGGCAGAGAGAGAAUCAAGGUGGUGCUCCCUCUCUUGCUUGCACUGGUUUAGCCACAACCACGUCAGGGUUGGAAGUAGCUCACUUUCCACCGGAAGUGAAUUCCCCAGCGGUGUUCCGUUGCGUUAGAGUAAGCCCAAUGGAUGAACCAGAUGAGCAGUAUGCAUAUCAAACGGCUGUCAAUAUCGGAGGCCAUGUUUUCAGGGGAAUUCUCUACGAUCAAGGUCCAGAUGGCCGUUACACAAGUGGAGGAGAGAGCUCCUCUGGCGGAGCCCAGCAACUGGAUUUCAUAACGGCAGCGACAACUAGCACUGCAGCAACUACGACAAACGCUAGUAACCCAGGUGCUGAAGCUAUGCUCGACCCAUCUCUAUAUCCAGCUCCACUCAGUGCUUUUAUUGCUGGUACGCAAUUCUUCCCACCCCCAAGGUCCUAGUUUAAAAUAGGCCUCUCUAAGCUCUAGUGUACUUGCAUUAUUCUUAACAAACCUUCAUUUGUCAACAAUUAGUCUAUAAAUUGUGGGUUUUAAAUUUCUUUUACUGUUAUUGUGAGUUCUCUUCUUGUAGUUUUAAGUUUAACAUGCACCCAAUGAAGUAGAAGAACAGAUCGAUGGAGCAUAUAUACGAAUUAGAAAUGUGGAUGUUGGAUUUUGUUUCGAAUUUCAAUUCAGAUUUUCAUGGUUUAUAUAUUUAUUUUGAUCU